AUGGUAACAGAAGUUAAAGGGUACAACGAAACGCCCGACAAGCACUUAACCGAGAGCCCCGGAAGCGAGACUUUUCACUCGAAGGAAGCGGCCGCCAAGCUCGACACUGAAGUCUCUAGGCUCAAGAUGGAGAUCUCUUGGCUCAAGAUGGAGAUCUCUAGGCUCGAACAGAGGAUCGGUCGUCUCAAGAAGACGGAGGAUGACUACCGAGUCCGUGUCGACAUGUUGGAAAACUCGAAACGCCGCACGGCAACGAUGUCGUCUAACCUCGACAAGGCACCGAGCGGGCCCGAGAUGGCUAUCGACGACGACCUGAUAGAGAAGGCCAACAAAGCCAGCCGUCGGAUGCAGAGGCUUAAGGACGAUGAGCGCCGCGUCGUCGCCAUGCCCUCGGUUGACGUUGAGGUCCGCGUCCUGGCUGCCGAUCGUGCGUCGGUCCAUUUUCUCUUCGCCCGCAUCAUCCGCCGGGAGUCGUACUUUCGUGCGCUCCUUGUUCAAUCGCGCGGUACACGCGUGCGCCCGUGCCCGGAGAAGUGCGGCAAUCCAAACGCGUCUCCCAAGUUCCGGCAUUGCGUACGCGUCCCCUCAUUCCAGGGCGGCGCCUAUGCCGAGUGCGUCUGGCAGUCGCACGGAUCUCGCUGCUCUCAUUCCAACGAGGGCUCAAUGUCCGCCUGGGAUUCGGGCGGUAGUUCAGCCGGUGGUUCUCCUCGCGCUGGUCCUAGCCAGCGUGUUCUUCCUCCGUCUAGUUCGGGCUCGCGUCUGAACCCUUUUCUGCUUGAGGAGUAG